GAAGUCAGCGAAAAGUGUAAUGUCACUAGAUUUUCAUUGGAGAAGAGCAAGCAAGUGUACGCGAAUGCAGUUUUUCUUCCGUUAGCUUGCAGUCAGAAUUGACCACGGUAAAGUGAAGCUAAUACGCGUCUCGCGUGGCUACGUUUUACGGUAUUCGACCCGGCCCGGAGUGAGAACUGUUAAUUGAUCCGGAAAGUGCGUGUGGCGAUCUGCGGCGCUGAUACAUUCCUACCGACGAAGAAGGGUGGAGUGCAAUUUUUCUCCCUGCUGGCUGGAAUCCGCCUCGGUGUUCUGUGUUCGAGUGAAAGAAAAUUUCUCCUCCCUCGAAGCACUAGAAGAAAAUUAUUUGUGUGCUGGUGAUUAAUGUAGAGGUGCUGUCUUUUUUUCGGCAGUAGCAAGUGAAUGAAAAGUCCAAAUUUAAGCAAGAAAAGUGUCCAGAUUUUGUUGGAUAGUGUUUCGGUGUUCUGUUUUUUCACCAUUGCCUUAAGAAAGUUGUAACCUCUGCAGAUUGCCAACCAGUUUGGCGAGUGAAUAUCAGAAGUCAGCGCUUCAAUUUGAGUGAUUUUGUUUGAGCGUGAGCCAAGGAAAGCAGACCGAAGAAAAUGUCGUCAUCCGGUGAUUUCGGCAAUCCUCUGCGAAAGUUUAAACUGGUUUUUCUGGGCGAGCAAAGUGUUGGGAAAACAUCGCUUAUCACCCGCUUUAUGUAUGACAGCUUCGAUAACACAUACCAGGCAACAAUUGGUAUAGACUUCCUGUCGAAAACCAUGUAUCUAGAAGACCGAACAGUGCGAUUACAGCUGUGGGACACUGCCGGACAGGAACGAUUCCGAUCUCUGAUACCCUCCUACAUCCGGGACUCGACCGUAGCCGUAGUAGUAUACGAUAUAACAAAUGCAAAUUCAUUCCACCAAACAUCGAAAUGGAUUGACGACGUACGGACGGAACGCGGCAGUGACGUAAUCAUAAUGCUGGUGGGCAACAAAACUGACCUCUCCGACAAGCGCCAGGUUUCGACGGAGGAAGGCGAACGGAAAGCUAAAGAACUGAAUGUGAUGUUUAUCGAGACCAGUGCGAAGGCUGGUUACAACGUGAAACAGCUUUUCCGAAGAGUUGCCGCCGCACUGCCUGGUAUGGAUUCGACCGAGAAUAAGCCACCAGAAGACAUGCAAGAAGUUGUGCUUAAGGAUUCACCGAACGAAGCAAAAGAUCCGGAAGGUGGCUGUGCAUGCUGAAGAUCCCGAACACGGUUUACCUCCUCUUUACAGAAAAAAAAACAAACAAACACAAACACACUCCGUUUCCAUCCAAUCCAGUGCCGGAUGUGCAGACCCAGCGUCGGAACGGUUCCGUCACACGCGAGUCAGCAAAACCGGCGGCGGAUGCAGAAUUCGAAAGCAAAAUAUAUCCAUCCCUUACUGCACCUUUUUUUAUCUAUAUUAUUAUUUAUUUUUAGUGAAGAAUGAUAUGUGUAAAACUGUUGCAUUAUGGGUCGUACAUUCGUUUAAUCUUAGGGAUGAUGUCCAUCCACGCACGCAUACAUUGAACUACAUUCAAAAUAGAUUUUGUUCGAGAUGAGAAAGUGUCUAUAAAAUAUGAUUAUUAUUUUUACUGUUAAAGAUUUUUGCCGUUCGCGAAGAGUGCUAUAUUUUUUGUUUAACUUCAGAAAUUCCUUUCGCCUCUCCUGAUGGAUACAUGCAGUGAAAUAUUGUUUAUAAUUGAUUAUAAUAUCUUAUACGAUUACUUACUUACACGCCUUCGGGAUAUGUUUAAAUUAGUUGUUAGGAUGCCUAAAAGUAAUAAAGCUAUGAUGCUGCUUUCCUUAAUUUUGACCUGGCAGUUUGCUCUGCUAUUUGAAUAGUAACGCGACGAAAUGUCGCAUAAAGGGCAAAAUAGAAAGAUUAUUUUUAUAAUUUUGAUAGCCCUCGCAACAGUAGCUCGUUUAGGUUAAAAUGACUUUACUAAAUAAACUAAUCCAGAGUAUAAACCAUACCUGAACCUGUUGUUUCUUUCUU